AUGGCUUUCGGUUGGCAGUGCUUCAUGGUCCGCCCAUUUUCAACGGCAUUGGAAAACGUGGUCCGUACUAUUUUGAAUUUGAUGGGAUUAGUACUGGUGAUAUACCAGACAUUAAGUGACCCUGUGAAGAUAUACAAGUACGCAGCUAAAGAAUUGAUGCCCAUACUAUACGCGUGUGGAGCUUACUUAUGUAACUUAAGUGCAGUCGGUGUGAUCCUGCAACUGGACAAAAAUUUGGUGAAUCCUAGGAUAAUGACAAGCAAGUUUGGCGUGAUUCCCGUUGGGAUGUUGGUGCCCACUGUGGUCAGCAUGAUGGUUGGGGUCCUAGGUUACUGGUCUUUCGGCACCAUGGAAGAGAACAUCCUUCGAGUACUACCGCUUGACGAAGUCACAGCAUUGAUAAUUCUCUCCGUGUAUGUGAUAUCUGUGACGUUCGCAUACCCCAUACAAUGUUAUCCAGCUAUCGCCGUCGUAAUAGAAGUAAUUAAGUACCAUGAUGCUAUGGUUGUUCCUGAAGCUAAAAUGCUGAAUAGAAUAGAGACCUUUGGACGACCGCUAUUCGUAUUGUUAACCUUUACGAUUUGCUACUUUGUACCAUUCCAAGCUCCUUUCGUUGCAUUUACGGGGAACCUCUGUACUUCAAUGGUGUCUGUGGUCUUCCCAGCUCUCAUGGACAUCUGCUUGAAGUACCCUGACCAGUACGGUUACAUGAACUUCCAUUUAAUCAAGAACCUUCUUCUUAUGGCCCUAGGCCUCUUUAAUUGGAUCGUAGGCGCAUUCAUGUGUGGUUACAUCAUUCACGUGAGGAUUCUCUCGAGGAACUCGCCAAACAGUCAGGGAUUUUAUUAA